CUUAUUUAAAUCCUGCCAAUCCUUCCUCUCUUGUUCAUUCUAUUUCGGUCGCUUGCAUAUAGCCAGGAACGAGCCAUCCUUUUACAGAGCUUCCCCUUUUCUUCACUCUCCUUCGAAAGAAGCCGAAACUCAGGUUCUUGACUUCCCACACUCUCUUCAUAUACCCUAUCCUUCCCUAGGCAGCUGCUCUUGCUACUUCAUCAAUCGGUAUACAUCGCUCGAAACCUGUCACUGAAAUAACCGCGCCUUUCAGCAUGCGUGUCUCUACUAGCUUGCUUCCUGCCCUUUUGGCAGCAAUCCCUGCUGUGUCCGCUAGUGGCACCCUGGGUCUCGCCAUAGGUGAUAAGAACAGUGAUUCCAGCUGUAAAUCUACGAGUGAUUACGAAGCCGACUUUGAUGCGCUCAAAAGUGUGACGAAUAUAGUCCGCACAUACUCAGCCAGUGACUGCAAUCUUGCUCAGAAUAUCGUGCCCGCUGCAAAGGCCAAGGGAUUCAAAGUUGUUUUGGGAGUCUGGGCGGAUUACGACCAGUCUUUUGACCAGGACUUCAACGCCCUGAAGCAGGUCGUCCCUGGGAAUGAAGAUGUUGUGUCUGCCAUUACCGUGGGCUCUGAGGUUCUCUACCGCGGAAGUCUCACUGCGCAGGCACUCCUGAGCAAAAUCCAACAAGUGCAGAACCAGUUUCCCUCGGUCACCGUUGGCACCGUUGACAGCUGGAACAAAUUCGCGGAUGGCACAGCUGAUCCCAUCAUCCAAGGAGGUGUCACUUACCUUUUGGCCAAUGGAUUCGCCUACUGGCAGGAUGUAGACAUCAACAAUGCUCCCGCUACCUACUUCUAUGACAUAUCGGAGGCCGAGAAGCAUAUCAAGCAGGUUGCCGGAGCUAAUGCGGGCAAUAUCCGCUUUGGAAAUGGAGAAACUGGUUGGCCCACCGACGGUGGAUCCGAUUAUGGUGCUGCUAAAGCUGGUACUCAGAAUGCUGCACAGUAUUACAAAUCAGCGGUAUGCCCCAUGCUGCGAAAUGGAACCGACGUCUUCUAUUUCGAGGCCUUCGACGAGGAGUGGAAGCCCAACAGCGUGGGUGACAAUGGCCAGUCCAUGGACGAGAAACACUGGGGACUCUUCACCGCCGACCGCCAGCUCAAGUUCGACGUGACCUGUUGAAAUCCGAACUAGAAUCAGUCUGAUGCUGCACCUUCAAAAGUCUGACGCACAGUGACUUGAUCUGUUAAAUAUGUAUCUACUAUUUCUCGG